AAUUAUACACCUGUAAAUCAAGUAGUGGAGUGAACUUUGAUUAAUUGUAAUUCCUUGUUCAACAAUUAGAAUUCUUUAACAUUGCAAUUGACAUCAACGUCAAAUUCCUGUUAACAUAGCUGAUCUUUUGUCAAUAAUGCAAAUAAUUUCGAACUUAACGUCACUCUAUUAGAGCAAAAUUCGGUUGAGGACUAUAUAUAUCGGAGUUUUGUAGCGGAAAUACAUAUCGUCUUUAUUCUAACAGUGUGCCAUGACAAACCUAGUGAUUUUAUGUGUAGCUCUUGUUGCGUUCUUGGCUUAUUCGGAAGCCUGUAGAUGUCAGUCUCAACACCCACAAACACAAUUCUGUAACUCGCAGUUUGUGGUUCAAGCGAAAGUCCUUCGUCGAAGAACGAUCAACAGAGGAAGAAAUGUCGUGUAUACUGUAACGAUUCUGAGGGAUUUCAAGGAUGACAGACGACGAUAUUCUACAACACAGAAUAUCUACACCAGAUCUUCUUCUGCUAGUUGUGGUUCCAACUUCAAUUUAGAAAAGGAAUACAUCAUAUCUGGUUCCAUUAAUGGACAAAAAUGGAAUACAGACCUGUGUUCGUGGAAUACUAGAACAUCUUCUCUCUCUCAAUACCAAAGGACUGCAUUGGAUCGUGGUAUCUAUAAGAACAGUUGCAGCUGCAAGAUUGUAGAAUGUAGCUUUGGCGGAAGUCAAUGUCCGCAACCAACCGGAGGAUCUUGCGUGAUUCGAUCCCCAGCUGAUGUCAAUUGUUGGUAUCAGAAUAAUUCCUGCAUGAUGUCUACGUAUGGAUGUGCCUGGCAUUCCCCUGCCUGCGCAUAACAUAAGCACAAUAAAUACAUGUACCUACCCACUGAAGGGAAGCAAAUAAAUUUUCGUCUGCAAUUAAAAGUGUUUAUUUUGAAAAACCAUGGAGAAAAGAUUAGAAAUUCGUUAUGUAUAAUGAAUUGUUUAGAUAUUCGUC